AUGGAUGAAGGCGAGGCUUCAAUGCCCGGCGCGUUCCCUACCGCUGCCACAGAAGAACGCCUUUCCGCGACCCGAGUUCCGCAGAAACGAUUCGUCGGCAGGCGGACUGCGGAAGCGCAGGCGAAACGGCGACAACAGGAUGGGAAUCCCUCAGUGGAGGAGACAACAGCGAUCGUCCAGAACACACAACGAAAGACACCUCGGGCUCUGAACCAAGUUCCUAGUGAGAUCCUCGACGAUCCAGAUAUCCGAGCCGCCAUCUCGUUGUUGCCCCCCAACUACAGUUUUGAGAUUCCCAAGACGAUCCACCGGAUACGGACUCUCGAUGCCAAACGGGUAGCUUUGCAGUUCCCCGAAGGCCUGCUCAUGUUUGCCACUACCAUAUCCGAUAUCUUGACCCAAUUCUGCCCCAGGGCGGAGACGUUGAUUAUGGGAGAUGUUACCUAUGGGGCGUGCUGCAUCGACGAUUACACAGCGAGAGCUCUUGGUUGUGACCUGCUGGUACACUAUGCACACAGCUGCUUGAUUCCAGUGUCAGCGACCAAGAUUGCUACGUUGUAUAUCUUCGUGGACAUUUCUAUUGACACCAAGCACCUCGUGAGCACCCUGUCAAGAAAUAUCACACCAGGUAAGACCAUUGCCAUGGUGGGUACCAUUCAGUUCAACUCCACUCUGCACACUAUCAGACCUGCGCUCGAAGCCGAAGGUCUCAAGUUGAUAGUGCCUCAAAUCAUGCCCUUGAGCAAAGGUGAGGUGCUAGGAUGCACUGCUCCAAAGAUCAGUCCAGACGCCAACGUCGAUCUGAUCUUGUACCUGGGAGAUGGCCGUUUCCACCUUGAAGCAGCCAUGAUCGCCAAUCCGGACAUGCCAGCCUAUCGAUACGACCCUUAUUCAAGAAAACUGACGAGAGAAACAUAUUCCCACGACGAGAUGCUGGAUAUGCGGUCUAUGGCGAUCAGCACCUCAAAGAAGGCGAAGAAGUGGGGAUUGAUUCUUGGAGCGCUAGGAAGGCAGGGGAACCCACAUAUAUUGACCAUGAUCGAAAAUCACCUCAAUCAGCAAGGUAUCCCCUUUGUCAACCUGCUGCUCAGCGAGAUCUUUCCCGGAAAGCUGGCUAUGUUUGAGGAUGUCGACUGCUGGGUGCAAGUGGCAUGUCCACGCCUGAGUAUAGAUUGGGGGUAUGCAUUUCCUCGUCCUCUUUUGACACCCUAUGAAGCCCUGGUUGUGCUGGGUGCAAAGCAGGGAUGGGAGAAGGGAGAUGGUGUCUACCCCGUUGAUUACUAUGCGAAUAAUGGUCUGGGAAGAACAACCGAGAAACUUGCGGCAUUGCAAGUGGGUGUUGCUGGCUGA